UAUGUUUACCACUCUCCUCGCAUGCAUUCUUCUUCCCCAGUUUUCAUUUCCGACGAUCGUCAAUCGAUCGAUCGAUCUCUCUUCGGAUCUCUGCCGUCAAUCACUGCCAUGGCCGAUGAACUGGAUAUCUUAUCGAAACUGGAAAGUCUCAAAGAACUCAGGGGCAGAAGUAUUCAUCUGGAGAAAAUCAAAAGCCGUCUGAAGCAGGAGUUUGAUGUUACAGAAUGUGAAGAACAAUGUCUUGAAGAAUAUAAGCAAGAGAUGGAAUUGUUACUUCAGGAAAAGAUGGCACAUGUUGAAGAAUUACGACUUAUUCAUGCAGACAUUAACUUGAUGGAAACAACGAUCAAACAAGCGGAAGAGGAGCGGAAUAAGGCCCUCGAUUCUACAAAGAGACUCUAUGAAGAAUAUACACCUCUUAAGGAUGAAGUAGAUAAUUUAAGAAUGUCUGUUGGACUAGAAAAGUUACCAGAUCUGCAAGACGAGGAAGAAAAACUCACUCCAGAAUAUUUUGAGAAGCAGAAUGUUGAAUGGCAGUCAGAGAGUGUUGAAUCUUCGUUGCCACAGUCAUUAGCAGUUGCUGCUGCAGCUGCACAGCAAAUUCAAGUCCCUCGCAAUAAAAAUGAACGCCAGACAUUCCGUCAGCAGCCACCACCAAUGAAGGCUUGUUUGUCAUGUCACCAGCAAAUCCACAGAAAUGCACCAAUCUGUCCCUUGUGUAAAGCUAAAAGUCGGUCGCGGAAUCCAAAGAAACCAAAACGUAAGCUGGAUGAAUAAACUGGUUGUAACCUUAUAUCUCACCACUCUCAAUUCCUCUAUUUUAUUCCAUUCCCUCCAUAGUUUCAUGUCUUUCUAUUAUCUUCUCAUCUUACAUUUAAAAGCAUUUCAUUUCUUACUCCAUAUUUAUAAUAAAAGUAAUUUUUUUCCUCUU